AUGGCGUCCUCGAACCCGGUUUCUGUGGAAGAAAAGGUUGCGACUGCGAAACAGCACAAAGACGUUGCUGAUCAGGCUUUCAAGGCAGGCAACACGAAAGAUGCUCUUAGAUCGUAUCACCAGGCUCUUCUGUAUCUCCUGGGUUUGGAUAAGAAUGCAAUGCAAGGCCUUGGCAUGGGAGCGCCACCCCCACCUGCUGGCGAAGAAGUGAAGCAGGAGAGGACCGAGAUAGAUGAAAUUGUCGAGAAGGUCUACGCCAAUAUGUCGGCGUGUCAUAUCAAACACUCAAAUUGGCAAAGGGCAGCAGAGACAGCAGAGAAGGCUUUAGCCAAGAAUGACAAAAAUUACAAGGCCAUGUUCAGGAAGGGAAAAGCUCUCGGCGAGCAAGGCUUCUUUGAGAAGGCGAUGAAGGUUCUAGAAGAUCUGAAGAGCAAAAGCCCGGAAGACGCCGCCGCUGCCGAUGCUGAAAUGACAAGACUGCGAAUCAUUGACAAUGAACGCGAACGGGUUCAUAAGCAGAAGAUGAAAGGUUUCCUGAAGCAGAAAUCCUUAUCCGUGACAGAGGAAUCCAUUAGCUCUUGA